GGAAAUUGUGUUGCUUGUUCUUCCGCCGAGCGUAGAACCAGAAGGAGGAGGAGGCGGCAUUUCGUGCAUCUUCAUUCAUCCACCAUACCAAAAUGGUUAAAGGACGACAAGGAGAGCGUGUCAGGCUUUACGUCAGAGGUUCAAUUCUUGGAUACAAGAGGUCCAAGUCAAAUCAAUACCCAAAUACAUCUCUUAUCCAGAUUGAGGGAGUAAACUCCAAGGAAGAGGUUGCCUGGUACUGUGGGAAGCGCAUGGCAUACAUUUACAAAGCCAAGGUGAAGAAUGAUGGAAGCCACUAUCGCUGCAUUUGGGGUAAAGUUACCAGGCCUCAUGGUAACAGUGGUAUAGUGCGUGCUAAGUUCAAGUCUAACCUGCCUCCAAGAUCAAUGGGAGCAAGGGUUAGAGUUUUUAUGUAUCCAAGCAAUAUGUGAGAUUUACAGGUCUUGUUGGUGCCUAUAGAGUUUAUCUGUGACUAGAAGGCUGUUGCAUUAUGCGAGUUAAAUUUUGAUGUCCUUUUUGAGCAGAAUAGUUUCCUUGUUUAGGAUGGUGAAUGAACUUCCAUGUUUUUCUUCAUUCUCACUGCUAUGUUUUUUCUUAAUGAGGAUUAUAACUUAAUUUCGUAAAUGGAUUUCUUCCCCCA